CCGGGCCGGCCAGCCAGGCCGGUGCGGGGAGCGGAGCGAGUGAGCGAGCGGCAGCAGCGCUGAGUCGAGCCGAGCCCAGCCGAGCCCAGCCGAGCCAGCCGGGGCGCGCCGGGCCGGGCCGAGCCGAGCCGGUCGGCGGUGGAGGCAGCGUGCUGCGGCAGUAGGCGAGGAGCCGCGCCGGAGGUGGAACCUCGUGCUGCCCGUACCGACGACGGCGCCGCGCGCUACCGCACCGCUCCAGUGGAUUACUUCAACAACAACACCACCGUCAAACGUGCGGUGCAAGUGAACGACAAGUGCUUCCUCAACCUGGAUAUCAGUGCAGUGCCUCUGUGUGUGUCUGUGUGCAUGUGUUGUCAAGUCGGAUGCAGUGAAAAAUUGUGAUAUAAUAUAUAUGUAACGAGCCAGUGUCUUGUUUAUCCCCUUGUGGAAAGAAAAGAAAAGCAAAAAAAGUGGUGGAAAUUAUCCACGAGUGUUGUCAGUGGUGUGGUGUGGAAAAGAAAGCAAAUAAUGAAAUAGUGAGUGUGUGAGUGAUCUGCCCCAGCCUAUUGGAUACGCUUUCGUCGGAUUAUUUGUGGCUUCACUUUUGUGAGACUCAAUGUCUCGCCUGAAAACUCGACUCGGCCUCCUCUAACACUGGGAUUAUUUCAGCACAAGCCUGGAGCCCAUGUCAGAGAAACAGGGUGAGUUCCUGUGAGACCGUGGAUCUUAUGGAACUUACGUUUCUGCUGAUAGGUGCCUUGUGGGUCAGACGGCCGUGAUGUCACCCUCCACACCUCGCCCACUUGGCCCACUUGCCGUCCUACCCUGGCCCGGGGAUAAGAUGGUGGUGGGUGGGUGGGCUCGGUGGGUCGGCGUAUGGCAGGCCCAAUGAGAGAGCGCCCGGGGGACAGGGAACCCCCUGCCAACAACUUCGAAUAUGACGAACAAGAGUGGGACAUAGGCAUCGGCGACCUCAUCAUCGACCUGGAUGCCGAUAUAGAGAAGAGCAACGCGAGCGGGAUGGCGUCGACGGGGGGCGGAGCGGGUGCCAAAGGCGGCAGCGCCAAGCUGGCCGUCGAGCACUCGGCCACGGUCGACAAGGGCCUUAAGAUGAAGAUCAAGCGCACCAAGCCCGGCACCAAGACUUCCGAGGCCAAGCACGAGAUAGUCAAGUCCAACGAGCAGCACAACGGCAGCGACCUGGGGGCCGCUGCGCAGGAGGCCAAGCAGGGCAAGCACGGGGCGCCGCCGGGGAGCGGGAGCCCGGCGUCGUCGGGCAAGAGGGGCUCGAGCGGCCACCGGAGGGACAAGGUGAAGGACAAGUCCACCAAGCCGAGCAGCAGCAGUAGCGGCGGCGGCAGUAGUAGCAACAGUAGUACCAGCAGUAGCAGCUCGUCGAGCUCGAGUAGCAAUAGCAACUCGACGCCGAGCAUGACGGCUGCCAUCCUCCCCGACGUGAACGGCGUGGCGAUCGUGAGGCCGCCCAGCGCCGCGGCGUCGCCGCUGACUACGGCGUCCACCACGACCACCACCACCUCCCUCAACAAUGUGACGGCAUCGACGGCGACGACGACGACGGCGUCGGCGUCCUCGACGACCACCACCAACUCCACCUCCACCACCUCCUCGUCUUCGGCGUCAGCGUCGUCGUCGACAACCACCUCCACCACCUCCUCCACCCCCUCCACCACCGCCACCUCGGCGGGCUCCUCGACGCCCGGGCAGGGCUCGCAGGCGCCGCCGCGGACGGCGGUGUUCACGGGUGCCUCGGGACCCGGGCCACCCCUCACCCCUAGUAAACACAACGACGCGGACAGCGACCGGCCGCCUCCCGCCAAGAAGUCAAAGGCAAACUCCGAGCCCAAGGAGCUGGUGGACAUGUGCGUGGGCACGAGCGUGGGCACCAUCACGGAGCCGGACUGCCUGGGACCGUGCGAGCCGGGCACGAGCGUGACGCUGGAGGGCAUCGUGUGGCACGAGACGGAAGGAGGGGUGCUGGUUGUGAACGUGACAUGGAGAGGGAAGACUUACGUCGGCACGCUGCUGGACUGCACGCGGCAUGACUGGGCUCCGCCGAGGUUCUGCGACUCGCCGACCAGCGACCUGGACGCGCGCACGCCCAAGGGGCGCGGCAAGCGGGGUCGCGGCGCGGCCAACACGCCCGGCAGCGACCUGUCCAACUUCACCGAGACGCGGUCGUCGGUGCACAGCAAGCUGCGCAACGGCGGCGCCAAGGGCCGUCGCGGCCCCAACGGCCAGACGGUGGGGUCGCCGACGCAGUUCCCGCCGCCGCGGAUCGACAACAAGCGCAAGAGCAGCCGCACCGGCGAGGAGGAGUGCAACGGCUCGGCGUCGUCCGCCAAGAAGAGCAAAGGGGGCGCGAGCGCGGCCAGCGGCAGCCCGCCGCCCUCGCCCGUCCUCCUCGAGUGCCCCGAGCCUAACUGCAGCAAGAAGUACAAGCACAUCAACGGCCUCAAGUACCAUCAGUCGCACGCGCACGGCUCGGCCGACGACGACGAUACCAAAGACGUGGCCAGCUUGUCGGAGAACGACGAGAGCAACGCGGAGCCCCCUAGUCCAACGCGACCCAGCCCCCGACCCUCGCCGUCGGCGGCCGUCAAGGAGGAGGACAACAGUGUACCUGAGCCCGAGGUGGCCCCCAAGGCCAGCCCCGCCCCCGCCGUCGCGGCGCCCUCUGCGCCCGCGACGCCCGCCCCGGCCGCUGUGCCCGAGGUGCCCCAGCUGGCGGCGUCGCCGCUGCAGCCGCCCGUCACGCCGGACAAGGUCAUAAAGCCUGGCGUGGCGGCCGUCGCCGGUGUGCCCGGCGUGCUCCGCUUCGGCGUGCCUGAGGACGGGCAGACGCCGACGACGGGUGUGCAGGGAGCCCCGCCCGGGACGCAGCCAGGAGGACCCCCUACGCCGCAGGUCGUGGCGCCGGGAGUGCCGCCGACCCCGCAGGGCGCAACAGUGUUCGUGUCCAAGGGGCUGGUGACCCCUGUUGUGAACAACGCCAUCAGGACCGUGAAUGUGCCCCAGGUGAUGCAGGGGCUGGUGGGGCCUCACGGCGCCCACCCGCUGGUGCAGGCGCCAGGCGCGCCUAGUCAGCCGCCCACCAACCAGGGCCCGCCCGUUGGACCUGUGGGGCCCAUCGGACCCGUUGGAUCUUUGGGGCCCGUUGGAGCUGUGGGAGCCGUAGGACCCGUGGGACCCGUUGGACCCGUAGGGCCCGCGGGGACAACGAACGCGGUGGCGCAGGGGGCAGGGCCCGGGGCGGGACCCCAGGGUCCACAGGGCCCCCCCGUGGCCGUGGCCGUGUCCCUAACGCAGCCCAACGUGAUGCCCGUCACGACGCUGCCUGGUGCUCAGCCGACGUUGCAGCACAUCAUGCACACCACCAUCAACAAGGUGCCCCAGUUCAAGGUGAAGCCCGCGUCGGCGCUCAUGGCUGACGACAAGAAGGGCCCCGUGGCGCCCAACUCGCUGACGGCGUCUCCCACCAUGCCCUCUGUCAUGCCCGGUGGUGUGGGGCCCAACGCUGUCGGCAACGCCCUCAUCACUGCCAACAACAACAACCCCAACAGCAAGACGCCAAAUAACAAGAAGAAGGUGCGCAAGUCCCCCGCCGGAAGCCCCCACCCCAACCCCAGCGCGCCCAACUCCAUGGAGCAGCCCUUCGGCGUGGGUGACUCUGGUCGCGAGGGGGUGCAGAGCCCCGCGUACUCGGACAUCUCCGACGACGCAGCGCCCACCGUGGACGGGGAGGCGGACAAGACAAAGGCCGCCGACAAGAAGCCAGAGCCCGGUCCCCCAGGACACCCGUUGGCCCCGCACUUCUUCCCGUUCUACGGACAACCACCCUACCUGGUUCCCGCCGUGUCCGCCGACGGCAAGCUGCCUGGCGGCCCCAAGGACGGACUGGAUAAGGUUGGCGACAUGAAGGCGCUGGGCGACAAGGACAAGGUCCUGCCACAACACUUCCCCUACUACGGCUACGGCAUGCCUCCCGGCUACCCCUACGGCCUGGAGCCUGGCUACGCCAUGUCCGUCAUGCCAGUCGACGAGAAGGCGAAGGACGGCAAGAACAGCCCCAGCCCGGCGCUGCAGAGCGGCCCGGACCACAAGGCCCCCAUGGCCAGCCCCAUCAACGUGCCCAACCUCAACAAGAUCAAGGUGGAGCCCGGCAAGAAGGACAGUCACUCCAACGACAACCAUCAGAUCCUCAAGGAGAGCAUAGAGAUGAAGACUCAGAUGACGGGGUUCCUCUACGGCCGUCCGGGGGGUCCGGGACUUCCGGGACUUCAGCCUGGACAGAUUGGCGGGCCGCAGGGCCAGCAGGGGCCAGGACAGCAGGGCCCGGGUGGGCCGAUGAACCAGGGCCAGCCGGGCACACCUCAGCAGCAGCAGGGCCCUUUAGGGCAGGCCCCGCCUCCGGGUCAACCCCCGGGGGCGGGUCAGGGCGCCUCGGCGGAGGACAUGAGGCGGUACUACAACAACAUGUUCGGCCGCAAGGAUGGGCCCCAGGGCCCUUCACCCCAAGGCCCGCCUCCCCCUGGCAACCCACUCGGGGGCCCCAACCCCUCGCUGGCUGCGGGGUCUGGGCCGGGCCAGGGUCCCGGGGACCCGCGGGGCGACCCGCGCGACCUGCGGCCAGACCACCGCCAGGACCACAUGAGGCCCGACGUGCACCGGCCGGACCACCACCGAAUGGAGCACCGGCAGGACCAUCGAAUGGACCACCGGCAAGACCACCGGCAAGACCACCGGCAGGACCAUCGAAUGGACCACCGGCAGGAUCACCGGCAGGACCACCGGCAGGACCAUCGGCAAGAACACCCACCCCUGAAGGGCACCCCGCCGCCGGCCUCAAAGACCGGACUGUCCACGCCCAGCCCCAGCCCCAAGCACAAGGACGCCAAGGGCCGGGAGAGCGCCGACGAGAAGAAGCCCGAGGAGAAGAAGCAGGAGGGCGUCAAGCCGACCAUGGAGACGCAGGGGCCGCCACCGCCACCGACCUCGUCGUACGCCUACAUCCACCCCAGCUACAUGCAGGGCCCCCACUAUGGGGCGCUGCCCUUCGACCCCAACCACCCCGUGUACCGCAGCAUGAACCCCAUGCUGGUGCCCCAGUACCUGCACCCCGCCAUGAGCCCCGGCCUCAGCCCGGGCCUCGGCAACAUGCCCCGGUACCUCGCCCCGGAGGACCUGUCGCGGCCGCACCCCGGCGCGGCGAUGGGGGCGGGCCCCAAGGCGCUGGACCUGCUGCAGCACCACGCCAGCCAGUACUACUCCUCCCACAAGAUCCACGAGCUGCAGGAGCGGGCGCUUAAGUCGCCGACCCCGAAGGCUGUCUCGUCAAGCGCGUCGCCCUCCAGCGGCCACCAGCCUCACGGCGGCCCCCACAGCGGGCCUCACGGUGGACCUCACGGUGGGCCCCACGGCGGGCCUCCUGGCGGACCCCCGGGCGGACCCCAUGGUGGACCUCACGGCGGGCCCCUGGGUGGCGCGCACGGCGCGCAGCACGGCGGCCCCUCCCCCCAGUCAGUUCCCGCCAGCAACCCCCUGGGCCCACCCACCUCGACGGCGCCGGGCACGGGGGGGCUAGCCGGACCCCCGCAGGGCAAGCCGUCGCCUGCCGAGGGCAAAGACUCUAGAUCACCGCCUCCGCAGCGACAUGUGCACACCCACCACCAUACCCACCACGUUGGCCUCGGCUACCCUAUCCUGGCUGGCCAGUACCCGGCGACCUAUGGAGCAGCGGCAGUGCUUGCGAGCCAACAAGCUGCGGCUGUUGCAGCUACAGUCAUCAAUCCCUUUGCUCCCAAGUGAGUCCUGGGGCGAGUCCUCAUCAAGUCGAAAUGAAUGAGUCCUAUGAGGUUAUAGUUUAGGCUGCAACAAGCACUGGAAAGUGCCCAUGUACCAUUUCUUGUGCUAAGUUGAAUAUUUUUCUGUCCUAGUCUUUCCAACAUUGAUUCAUCCAAUGUCACGUUUAUGUUGUUUUAACGUAAGUUUUUACAAGACUGUAUAACACUGAAAAUGUAGUAGGACUUCCUUGUUGGAAGAAGCUUAUGACAUUUUUCAUCCUGAAAAUGUUAUCUUAUUUUAGCAUUCAGGAUAUGUUUGUGAUAGAGGUAUGUGGUUGUUCGAAUUCAAACUUGCUUUAUUCCAAGCUGUGGGUUUCAUUCACUAUUAGCCUAUAUGACUAGAUAGGAUAUAUAUUGUGCUGUAAAUGUUUUUAUUGCAAUUUCUGUAAGGUUCAUCUCAAGGUUGAGUUUGAACUUAGUUCUGUUUUCAAACCUCUAGCAUGUGAUUAUUAAUGUUAGAUGUUACUGUGAGUUACGGGCAGACUGCUAGCUUGGUGUUGUGCAUUGAGGUGGGCAGUGGGAACAAUUGACCAGUAACCCCAUGUUGGUGCAAUGAAAUCGUUUCUUCGUAAACAAAGAACUGGAAAUUUGAAUGUACAUGGGGAAAUGAGUCUACAAAUGGUAUAUUUGUGUCAGAAUUUAAAGGUGCUACUGGUUUUUAAAAAUCGACUUUUAAAAAUGUACAAAAGACAAAAGAUAUUUUAUCUUGGCAUUAGUUUCUGGAGAACAAAGAAAUUAACUUAGUUAUUUGUGCUGUAGCAGCUGAUUUGCUGAAAGCAUUACAUUUUUGGAAUUGGAUACCAAAUUUUGUAUAGUGUUAAUUCUAAUUCUUUUGUGCAUGUUUACCGAUUUUCUUUCAUUACAUUAUGGAAAGUUAAGUCUCUCCUCUUUCUUUUUUCAGUUCUAGUGGUAUUUCUUUUGCAAACCUGUACUGUUAUCUGAUUGGUCUCAAUUAUUCUUUCAUACAGUAUUUCUGCUAGUUCCAGUUCCUGCUGUUCAUGUCAUCUUGAAUAGCAGUUUUGCUUUAUACUAUUUGUUCUCUCUGCUUCUUUUAUAACUAGCCAUGUGCACACAUUCCAAGUAGGAUAUACUGCUGAUGAAAAAAGAGAUAAGAGAGGCACUUUUCAGAAAGGUCACAUCAUUCUUUGGUGAAAUAUGAGGAAAACGCUAAUGACGUGAAACUGAUGAAUUGAUCUUUUAUUGAUAUCUUUCAUUAUUUUAGGUGACAUGAUUUUGUAGAUGUUUUGUUCAAGCAGCCAAUUUACUCUGUAGAUAGAGAGGGCAAGCAUUAGUUUAUGUAUUUUUAAAGUUCUUUUUAGAGAAAAUAUUUGUGUACAUAAAAGCAACAAUUAUAUUUCAUUACUGUAAUUAUUACCAACAAUGAAAAACUAAAUUUUAGGAAAUCUGCUAAGGAUGUGACUGUAUUUAAAGAAAAUAUCCUGUGCAAAUGCUGUACAUUGAAAUGACAUUGUAAGCGAAAUUUAAACCUUUGCAAGCUUUAUGUUAUAAUUUUGUAAAUUACGUUGUUGGAUUUAAAUGCUAUAAAGUGUACUUAUAUGGUAAUUAUGUUCAUAUUUCCAAACGUUUUGUGUUAUCUGAAGUAUUAUUUUUACAUGCCUUGAAUCAAAAUUUCUCCAUUUUAUGUUCUUGUUUUCUUUCUUCUUUCUCUUUUCUUUAAUCUCGCUUACAUUGUUACCCUGAUAAAUUAAAUAAUGAGCAGUGAUUUUUUUUUA